AUGGUCGACUCAGCGCCUUCAGAGGAGCGUGACUGGCAAGGUCUGGAGGAAACGGUCUCUGAUGAGGAGGAGGCAAGAGUCAUCUUCUGCGCCCUUGACUCUUUUCUGGUGGCUCACUUCAACUGCACACACCUGCGUCGCCAGUCAUUCUACGCGCUCCCAGAGGCUCACUGGAAAAUGUUGGCUGCUCCGCCCUUCAACUACCUUGAGACCCUUGACAAGGUCGACGAGGCUAUCGACUCCAACGCCGAGCUUGCCAGGGGCAUUGUCAAGCACGGCCUGAAGAGCUUAGCCGUGAAGGAAACGUCGUCAGAGGGCGAUUUCCCCACCAUGCCAGAGGAAUGGGUCGGGGUCGCAAAAUACGGAGACAUUGACAAGUCCAGAAGCACCAUCCGUCAAUUCUACCGCGACUGGUCUGCAGAGGGAGCAGAGGAGAGAGAGGCCUGCUAUGGCCCUGUCAAGCGAGCCCUGGCUGCCGAGCGAAGGAGGCACCCCGAGAUCCAACACCUGAAUGUCCUCGUCCCUGGGGCUGGUCUUGGCCGGCUAGUCCUCGAUCUGUGCCUGGAAGGCUGCGAGACCGAAGGCAACGAGAUCUCUUACCAUCAGCUGCUGGCAUCUUCCUAUAUACUAAACAAUUGUCGCGAAGCGGGACAGCACAAGAUAUUCCCCUGGAUCCACACCUUCUCCAAUCAUCUUACCAGAGACCGUCAUCUCACGAGUUACAAGAUCCCAGACAUUCACCCUGCGACUGUUCUCGCGAACACGGAAGGCGUAGGUGCGAUGUCUAUGUGCGCGUCAGAUUUCCUCUGUCUGUAUGGUGACGACGACCAUAGUGCCCAAUACGACGCCGUGGCCACCGUCUUCUUCCUCGACACAGCACCAAACCUGAUACGUUACCUCAAUACCAUCUUCCACUGCCUCAAGCCUGGCGGUAUCCUGGUCAAUAUCGGCCCUCUUCUCUGGCACUUCGAGGAUAGAGCCCCAGGUAACCACGGUCACGAUGAUGAUGGUGACGGAGAGCACGACCCCAACAACUCGACAGGCAUAGCGGACCCUGGCAACUUCGAGCUGUCUGACGACGAGGUGAGGGCGCUGGUUGAGAAGGUUGGCUUCAGCGUCGAGUCCUGGGAGACAAAUAUCCGGGCUCCCUACAUCCAGGACCCCAAGUCAAUGCUACAGACCGUCUACCACGCGUCCUCCUGGGUGGCCCGCAAGCCAGCUGCUUAG